AUGUCCGAAGAUGCCCGCUCACUGGGAACGCUGGCAGCGGCGGUUGCCCCUGGUUAUAUGCAAACCGCCGCGGCUACCCCAUUCGAGGCUUCCAUUGCAGGAUCAUGGACGGGCCGCAAACAGGGACGUCAGCAGCAGGGGCAGAUACUACUACGGUUGCAGAAUGCGCAGACUCUUUUCUGCGAAUAUCGCCGACAGUGCUCCAGUUCAGGAAAUUGCAUCUCUGCGUCAGCUUCCUGGUGUACUGUGUAUACAGUGGCCAGACCUGGAGAUGUCUUGAAGAUUUCACAGGCUCAUGUCCACAUAUAUCGACUUGCCAGGGAGGAAGCCAGCAGAAGCUUGCAGAGACUGUGCUGA